ACCCCCACGGACACGCGCCCCUUCCCAUGCCAUAGAAAGGGUUGCCGGGCUCCAGCCCUGCACCCCGCCCAGACCCCGGCCCCAGGUGCCGCCCGGCAGCUAUCCUGGGACCAGGGUGGGCACUCGGCCUGCAGCUCAGCACAAUCAGCCCUCGCCCUCCCAAGCCAUGCACCGGGAGACACGCGUCCCGCAGCGGCCCCCCAGGCCUCCCUGCAGCGCCCCGUAAUGCAAUCCACUGGGGCGGGGGAGGCGGCGGCGGCGGCGGCAAUCGAGGAGGCGGCGGCGGCGGCAGCCGCAGUGCCCAAAUCUAGAGACAUCCAGAAAGAGGAGGAAAAUGGCUCCAAGCAGGGACCGCCUGCUGCACUUUGGGUUCAAGGCGACAAUGUUCUCAAAUAGUGAUGAAGCUGUAAUCAAUAAAAAACUUCCCAAAGAACUCCUGUUAAGGAUAUUUUCUUUUCUAGAUGUUGUUACCCUGUGUCGCUGUGCUCAGGUCUCCAGGGCCUGGAAUGUUCUUGCUCUGGAUGGCAGUAACUGGCAGCGAAUUGACCUAUUUGAUUUCCAGAGGGAUAUUGAGGGCCGGGUAGUGGAGAAUAUUUCAAAACGAUGUGGGGGCUUUUUACGAAAGUUAAGUCUUCGUGGAUGUCUUGGAGUGGGAGACAAUGCAUUAAGAACCUUUGCACAAAACUGCAGGAACAUUGAAGUAUUGAAUCUAAAUGGGUGUACAAAGACAACAGACGCUACAUGUACUAGCCUUAGCAAGUUCUGUUCCAAACUCAGGCACCUUGACUUGGCUUCCUGUACAUCAAUAACAAACAUGUCUCUAAAAGCUCUGAGUGAGGGAUGUCCACUGUUGGAGCAGUUGAACAUUUCCUGGUGUGACCAAGUAACCAAGGAUGGCAUUCAAGCACUAGUGAGAGGCUGUGGGGGUCUCAAGGCCUUAUUCUUAAAAGGCUGCACGCAGCUAGAAGAUGAAGCUCUCAAGUAUAUAGGUGCACACUGUCCUGAACUGGUGACUUUGAAUUUGCAGACUUGCCUGCAAAUCACGGAUGAAGGUCUCAUUACUAUAUGCAGAGGGUGCCAUAAGUUACAAUCCCUUUGUGCCUCUGGCUGCUCCAACAUCACAGAUGCCAUCCUGAAUGCUCUAGGUCAGAACUGCCCACGACUUAGGAAUUGCCAUGAACUUGAAAAGAUGGACCUGGAAGAGUGUGUUCAGAUAACAGAUAGCACAUUAAUCCAACUUUCUAUACACUGUCCUCGACUUCAAGUAUUGAGUCUGUCUCACUGUGAGCUGAUCACAGAUGAUGGAAUUCGUCACCUGGGGAAUGGGGCCUGUGCCCAUGACCAGCUGGAGGUGAUUGAGCUGGACAACUGCCCACUAAUCACAGAUGCAUCCCUGGAGCACUUGAAGAGCUGUCACAGCCUUGAGCGGAUAGAACUGUAUGACUGCCAGCAAAUCACACGGGCUGGAAUCAAGAGACUCAGGACCCAUUUACCCAAUAUUAAAGUCCACGCCUACUUCGCACCUGUCACUCCACCCCCAUCAGUAGGGGGCAGCAGACAGCGCUUCUGCAGAUGCUGCAUCAUCCUAUGACAAUGGAGGUGGUCAACUUUGGUGAACUGAGUAUUUAAUGACACUUCUAGAGCUACGGUGGAGUUUCUCCAGUGGAAGCGACCCCGGUGUUCUGGGCAAGGGUUACAAAGUGAGGGAGGGCAGUGUCCAGAUCCCCAGAGCCACACAUACAUACACGUACACAUACUCACCCCUAUCCACUCUAGCUCUGUGACCAUGGGACUGAAGUUUGUGAUGGCUUUAUCAAGUAGAUUGGUAAAACUUAACCAUUCCUGUUGAGGUGCCCAGAAGAAAAUCAUAGGCCAAGAUAGAGGGAGGGGCAUUCCAGCAAACCCAGUGUUACUGCUACUGUGGUUUUUAAAUUUUUGUCUAGGGGUUUCUUUGGGGAUUUUGGAACAUCUGUGUCUGCAUUUGCAGUCCUGCAGGGUCAAGAAAAGCAUGGAAAGACAAUAUAUGAUGUACCCAGGGACCAGAAAGAAAAUUUAUUUGCAUCUUAGAAAUGGUAGACAUUCAUUGUGACUACAGAGCUUCUGUGCUUCCUUGUUUCCAUGCCAACAUGCUGAGCAUGCUCACAAAGAAGGCUCGUCCAUUCCUCCUGUGUUUUAGUAUUUGGCCCAGAGGUUUCCUAAAUGGUUGCAUUGAAAUCACUGUGGUCCAAACGUAAUUCUUACACACUCAAAUUAUCACUGUCUGUAGCACACUUGUGCACGUGUCUUCCGUUCUCUGUUGCUCCCUCCCGUACUCUUGCUCAGUCUGUCACCUGUUCAGUCUGCUUACUCACUCAAUUGUUACUCUUUUGCUGUUGUCGUGUUUACAAUUUGCAUUUUGAAUGAUUAGUUGGGAUUACCAAACAUUUUUUAAACAGAUAUCAAUAAAUAUUUUUUUAAUUCUAAAUUUUA